GAUUGCAAUGUUUCUUGGACAGCGGGACACAGCAGAGUUUAGCUGUAAUCCUCAUAUUUAUGUUGGAUUCAGCACUUAGUCCCGCAAGAUUUAUGUAAUGCAUCUAAUCAAAGCUAAUUUCAAACCAUUGGGCCGUAACAGAAAAAAUUGUGCGCAGCGGCUGCCAGGCUUUUUGACAGAUGCGGGCACACUUUCACAGCUGCAGCUCAAGUGACAACGCAGCAAACAGACGAUAGAUGCUACAGCCACCCCGGGUGUCCUCCUCACUCUGCCCUUUAGUUUCAGUGGGCAAACUGCAUGGAUUAAACUAACGUCCUCCCCUGAGUUGACGUUUGAUAGUCGUGAAUACUUUAAUUGUCAACUCUAAACGCAUGAACAAAAAGACAUUGCACACACACACACACAGGCGCACAUUAGCGCGCGCACACACACACACACACACACACACACACACCGCACAGCUUCUGGCUAAGUGGCUGGGGCGGGACACUGCGUGAGACAAGGCGGGGAAAGCAGGCAGGCGGGCGAGCAGCGUGCUGGUCGGGUUGGUGGACAGCUGAUUGUCCGUGUUAUUAACUGUGUUUGGGGGCGUUCCUGCUCGCCUUGUAGGCCACGCCUCCCUUACCUACUAGUUCACUCCUGUUUGGCAUCCCAGAGAUGGUCCAAAGUGAUUCCUCAGGGAAGAAUACAGCGCAAAUCACCCGUGCAGGAGCUGACGAGGAGCGGAGCCGCCGUUGCCCAGGACUGCCUUUUAAUUGCGCGUAAUCUUCCGUUUCAUUCAUCUGAGCAGAGGAGAAGACUUUGUAAAUAAAGAGACGGAGCGAAGGAGGGUGAAACGUGUUUCAUCUCCUCGGUUUUCUUUCUCACUGUGGACUGUUUGUUGCAGUAACUGACGUUUUGCUUGUGUUUUUGUCAGCUGCACCUUGAUCCGGGGACUGUCGCCAACUCAGUGCAGCCUCUCAUCCUGCGCUUCCCCUUUCAUCGCUCUCACGUUCAUCUUCUGCUGCUUCCCCCUCUUUUUCUUCUGACAUGAGGUGCAGCUAACCCUGGAUGCUGACAGCUCCCCUUUUUCCUUCCACAUGUCGCAUCUUUUGUUUACUUUGAGAAACACACGCGCAACUAAACGCCAAGUGAAAUAGACCACGCCACUUUGCUCCUCUGACAGUGCGAUCAAACAGACGCAAGAGGAGGGGAGGCAGGGAAAAAAAAGGAGGGAGCCAAGGAGAGGAGGAUAGAGAGACAGAGAAGAGAGAGAGAGUGAACGAGAGAUAGCGACAGUGUGAAGGUGCGUUUUGAUGUUUGGCAUCCACGAGAGCAUCCAGAGGAGUGGGAGUAGUAUGAAAGAAGAGCCCAUGGUGGCCGGGAUGAACGCGGUUCGGACAUGGAUGCAGGGCGCCGGAGUGCUGGACGCCAACACAGCCGCCCAGAGCGGAGUGGGUCUUGCUCGGGCACACUUCGAGAAGCAGCCGCCCUCCAACCUCCGCAAGUCCAACUUCUUCCACUUCGUGCUGGCUUUGUACGACCGACAGGGUCAGCCGGUGGAAAUAGAGAGAACCACCUACAUUGACUUUGUAGAGAAGGAAAAGGAAACGACGGGGGAAAAGACCAACAAUGGGAUCCAUUAUAGACUUCAGCUCCUCUACAGUAACGGGAUCAGGACAGAGCAGGACUUGUAUGUUCGUCUCAUUGACUCUAUGACUAAGCAGGCGAUUGUCUAUGAGGGCCAGGAUAAAAACCCAGAGAUGUGUCGGGUCCUGUUGACCCAUGAGAUCAUGUGCAGUCGAUGCUGUGAUAAGAAGAGUUGUGGCAACAGGAACGAGACCCCAUCAGACCCUGUCAUCAUCGACAGGUUCUUCCUCAAGUUUUUCCUGAAGUGCAACCAGAACUGCCUGAAGAAUGCAGGGAACCCUCGAGACAUGAGGCGUUUUCAGGUGGUUGUGUCAACUACGGUGAGCGUGGAGGGUCACGUCCUGGCCGUCUCUGACAACAUGUUUGUGCACAACAACUCCAAACACGGGCGCAGAGCUCGAAGACUGGACCCCUCGGAAGGAACACCGUCCUACCUGGAACACGCAACCCCCAGCAUCAAAGCCAUCAGCCCCAGUGAAGGCUGGACCACAGGGGGCGCUACUGUCAUCAUCAUCGGGGACAACUUCUUCGACGGCCUGCAGGUCAUCUUUGGAACCAUGCUGGUCUGGAGUGAGCUGAUCACCCCCCAUGCCAUUCGAGUGCAAACUCCACCCAGACACAUCCCCGGGGUGGUGGAGGUCACGCUGUCCUACAAAUCCAAACAGUUCUGCAAAGGCACACCUGGUCGCUUCAUCUACACAGCGCUGAAUGAGCCAACCAUAGACUACGGCUUCCAGAGGUUACAGAAGGUCAUCCCCAGACACCCCGGAGACCAAGAGAGAUUACCCAAGGAGGUGAUCUUAAAGAGAGCAGCAGACCUGGUAGAGGCUUUGUACGGGAUGCCUCACAAUAACCAGGAGAUGAUUCUGAAACGAGCAGCGGAUAUCGCAGAGGCCCUCUACACAACAGUGCCACGAGGGCACAACCAGCUAGCCAGUCUUGGCAGCGGCUCCGUCCAUGCUGGCAUGAUGGCCGUAAAUUCCUUCACUGGGUCAGAGGUGGCACAAACAGCCAAUCAGGGUUUCAGUAGGAGUACAAGCAGUGUGUCCCCCCAUGGUUAUGUCCCCAGCUCCACUCCCCAGCAGAAUAGCUACAGCUCUGUCUCCACUAGCAUGAAUGGCUAUGCUAACUCUGGCAUGGCAACCUUGGGCACCUCGCCCAACUUCCUCAAUGGAUCUGCAGGCAACUCUCCCUAUGCUAUCGUCCCGUCAAGCCCCACCAUGGCCUCGUCGACCAGCCUGCCCUCCAACUGCAGCAGCUCCUCCGGCAUCUUCUCCUUCUCUCCAGCCAACAUGGUGUCCGCCGCCGUCAAGCAGAAGAGCGCCUUUGCCCCUGUAGUGCGACCCCAGAACUCCCCUCCACCCACGUGCACCAGCACUAAUAACAGCCUGCAUGAUCAGUCUUUUGUGGACUCUAGCAAGUACUCAUCAGCCAACUCUCUGCAGGGCCUGGCCUUCUCCUGAACGAUUCCUGGGAUGAUCGUUCCACCCAUGUAGAGGAUCUGGGAUAGCUGGAGAUUUGGGAAUGUUGAAAGGAAAAGACACAGUAGCAGAGUCUGGCGAGUCUCUGUUAUGCUCCGGAGCUGAACUGAAGGAAGUCAAGAUAAGACGCAGGACUCUGUUAAACUCAGGCCUUUCCAUUUGGAUGUCAUCUGGAGGGAUAGGGGAGGAGAAAAGAGGGACAAUACGAACCUUUGUGAUGUUAUUUCCCUCUUGGUUGAAUUAGUGUAGCUUCUCUGACACCGCGUUGGAUGGAGUGUAUAGAGACUGAUAGUUUACCCACAGUGUGACACUGACCUCAUGAAAAGAGCAUUUAUUUAUCUUUAUGUUCAUGCCUGUAUGGUUUGGGUUUGAUUACUGGAGGCCCCACGCAAUCCGUAACUCGCACAAACAACAGUGAAGUGUUGGUUUGGCCGUGAAGUUUACGUAACCUCUGUCACAAUAGAAGAUGCUUUCCUUAGCUCAGCCUGCUUGCUAAAACCACAUAACAACACACUGGCCAAAUGGAACUAAGGUCAACAACACAAAAAAAGCAAAGAAAUACAGAAAAGAACAAAAUCAACCCUCAAUUUUUGCUGCUAAUUAUCCCAUAAAUCUAAAAGUGGUAUGACAAAAUCACCCUAUGCUAAUUCAACAUCGGAAAACAUGCCUUUCUUUUUUUUUCUUCGUUUGGUGUGUUUGUUGAAAUUUUAAUAAAACUGUGAGGAUUGAGCUGUUUGCAAUAUGCUUUUCUGCUUGUCAUGUGAAGGAAAGGUGAUGAUUUAGCCAAAAUUGACAUUUUGUUGGAGAUUCUAGUGAAGACUUGAAAAGCCAGAGGAUGUGUGCGUCCAGCCUGCACUGUACUGAAGGAGUCUAGCAAAUAUCAAAUUAGAAUAAAUGCGUGAUAUAUGUGAUAUAUUUUUGUAUAUAAAAAAGUUGAAUUUUUCAUUUGACAUUUCUUUUCUUUUUGCGAUAGCUAUAGUUUGAAAUGUAAACAUUAAAUGUCUUAAGGCAGCUUCUCAGUACAGAAGAUAGAUUUACUGUGUGUUGUCAAUAUCUCAUCUGCUAAACAUGAGAAACAUGGAUUUGGAUACAAAAAGGGGAUUCCUGUAAAAUAUCCUAUAAAUAAUGUAUUUAUCCCUUGUAUUUGUACAUUGCCUCUCACCCUCGUUUAGUUGUGUUGUGUAAGUUUAAUACAGUAAGUGAACAUAUUUCACAAUAUUUUGUUUCAUUAUUUACUGUUGUCUCUCAAUAUUUAAAUGUGACUUUUUUUAAUCUUUUUUGUUUUGUAUGUUGAUUGUUUUGCAUUGGUAUACCAUGCUUUUAUUUGUUGAUUCAAAAACAUGCCAUUGUCUAUUUUUGUAUUAUUUGUAAGUUAAUAAAAAAAUUAAGUUUUUUUCCUUAUGAAAAUGUUUAUUGUAUGGCAAAAAAGUAGCAUCUUAUUCAGAGUAUUUGGUUGAAGUAGAUUUUUUAAGAAUAUAUACACACAUUAAUAUAUACUGUAAAUCUAUAUCUUUUUGUUUGAACUCUUUGAGGCUUUCAGAUUGAUACUGUUCUUGAACUGAUAAUAUGCAUGGGUUCUUCUCUUGAGUGACACUUCCUUUUUUGUGCGUGGAAACCAAGAGAACUAAGAAAUUGCUCUGUGUUUUUCUUUCUUUGAGUUCCUCUUUUUCCCCCCUGUUCUUUCUUUUCCUAUGUUAUUUAUGCUUGCUUACAUACUGUAUCUAUAUACUCUUUAUUUUUUCUGUCACUGUAAUCUUUACCAGCAGUCUAGAUGCCUUAACAAUGCAAACCCAUUCUUCAUUCAAUCACGUGUACAGUUUUCUACCCUCACCACAAUUGUCUAUUGCCACAGAGGAAUUCAUGGGAACUUGGGGACAAAGCACAAACCCACUGUGUUUGGUGGUGAAGCCAGACUAGAAUACAAAGAGCCAUAAUUCAACAAUCACACACACACCCCGAUGUACUAUAAUACUACAGCAGUGGCACGCUUUGAAGGACAGUUGACGUUGAGAGGCCUGUCUCAGCUGUGCUCAUUGCAUUUUAGUGCUCACAGAGACACUUCUGUCUCUUUUUUUUUAGAGAUUAUGUAGCUUUUUUCCGAUUAAUGAAAUAAUUUCAACUGCAUGGUGGUAAUAUUUCUCAUUAACCACAGGAUCACAACAGUGUGACAACACAGAGCUGUUUUAAUUGUAGUACAAAGGGGCGCACAGUGAAGAUAAACACUGUCACAGCACAAUUUUAAUCUCACACAUGGAGUCGUAGAUCUGACUUCAGUAUUUGACAGCCGAUCCCCCAGUCCUUCUCUCCCUGUAUGAGCCUUUGGACAAUAUAGCUUCAUUAUAAGCUAAACAGAACAAGAACAAGUGAGGAAGCAUGAAAGGGAGCUCCUUGGCCCCUCAGCCAUUUCUGUAGUCUUCUCUUUGUGUCUGCCGUGUGUCUUCAAGCUGUUGCUGGACAGAGAAUAGGGCUUUUCUCUCUGCUUUCUUUUCUAGAGCCUGGUUUUGUUAAGUGCGUAGAAAGGACCGUUUUAACAGAGGCGCCUGCUGACAGACGAGUGUUUUUCAGGCACUUGUGUGCCUGUGCUGGUUGGGGCCGGGGUGGGGGGGCCUCACCAUAUCUGUUUCAAAUGAACUACAGAGGUCUGUUGUCAUACAAUGGCUUCUUUGUAAGCAAAGUUCCAUCCUGAUUAUGAAUAUUGGUAAUGAGUGACAAAGUUUUGUAUUUAGGUAACAAACAACAAAAAAAGAUGCAAACCAAAUAGCUGGUGUCUAUUUUUUCCUCUGUUUUGUCUUUGACUGCAAAUACACUGAACAGCUCUAUGAUAUAAGGGAAGAAAAAAAAUUCUACUGUAUAGAUUGUUAUUGUUUUUGAUGAAAAUUGAGCUGUAAGAUAACUUUUGGACUCUCACAAUGUUGAAUUAAAGUUACCUCUUGUCUGUGA